UUCAAAUUUAUUGAAAUUAGUAAAUAAAAGUUCAUACAAAGUUUUUAAGAGAUAUAAAUUUAAAUAAUGCUAGUGACCGCGAAAAUGUUGACGUUUAUAAGAUUUGUAUUACAUUUUAUAAAUAAGCAGUGACUAAAAUAAAAAUCAAAUGAAUAAAUGCCAAAUUAUUAUAUGCUGGAUUAUUAUAGAAUCUGGAGAUAAUCAUCGGACGAUAAUCAGGCGUAUAGGGUGAUAUAAGACUUGCUUAUUUUUGUGAUAAUAAUUUGAUAGUAAUAUGGCUGGUAAUUUUUGGCAAAGUUCACAUCAUCAACAAUGGCUUCUUGAUAAACAAGACUUAGUGCGAGAACGACAACAUGAUCUUUCAAUUUUUACAGAAGAAGAAUAUCAAAAAUUAUUCAUCUUUUUCUCCAAUUUAAUACAAGUAUUGGGUGAACAAUUAAAACUCAGACAACAAGUUAUAGCUACUGCAACUGUUUAUUUUAAAAGAUUUUAUGCUCGUAAUAGUUUAAAAUGUAUAGAUCCAUUAUUAUUAGCACCUACAUCCGUUUUCUUAGCUUCAAAAGUAGAAGAAUUUGGAGUUAUUUCUCAUAAUAGAUUAAUUGCAGCAUGUCAAACUGUAGUAAAAAAUAAAUUUAAUUAUGCUUAUUCACAAGAAUUUCCUUAUCGUGGAAGUCAUAUUUCUGAAUGUGAAUUUUAUCUGUUGGAACAUUUAGAUUGUUGUUUAAUAGUAUAUCAACCAUAUCGGCCUUUAUUAAUUCUUAUUCAAGAUAUAGGUCCAGAUGAACAAUUACUUACAUUGGCAUGGCGUAUAAUUAAUGAUAGUUUACGUACAGAUGUAUGUUUAUUAUAUCCACCACAUCAAAUAGCUAUUGGGUGUUUGCAAAUAGCUUGUGUUAUAUUGCAAAAAGAUUUAAAAGCAUGGUUUGCUGAAUUAAAUGCUGAUAUGGAAAAAAUUCAAGAAAUCGCACGAUAUAUCAUUAAUUUAUAUGAACUAUGGAAAACAUAUGAUGAAAAGAAAGAAAUUCAAGGUUUAUUAUCCAAAAUGCCAAAGCCUACACCAUCACCACCACAGCACUGACAACAAGUUCUUUUAUCAUCUAAUAUUUGGGACUGACUAAUAAAAGUAAACAUUACUUUUGUUAAUUAUGUUUAAAUGACGAAUGAACUGGUUUAAUUUAUGAAAUAUUAAUUUUUAUAUUUGUAUUAUAUUUUUACCAUAAUUAUUUUUUUAAACAAAAUUAUUCUAAAU